AUGCAUCGUUCUACUUAUGAUGCCCGUUCGGGCUCGCGUUCUUCCAUUCAUAGCAAUAGUAGCGCUUUCAGUCCCAACGCAAACCCUAACGAGGACUGGACCAAGAUCUCGGAUUUAGCGGAGCGUCGUCGCAUCCAGAACAGGAUUGCCCAGCGUAACUAUCGUGAGUAUCACCAUCACCAUUAUUACACGGUGCUCGAGAGCAACCGAGAGGAAGCUCCUCUGACGGUUUCCACAGGCAAAAAACUAAAGCGCCGCCUAGAAGAUCUAGAGAGGCGCGCCGCAUCCUCCGCUUCCCCAGAACAGUCACAUGCCGAACCGUUGCCUCCCAAGGCCACAUCCAAGACUCGCUCUAAACAGCGAUCUAGCAAGUUGGAUGCGAAAGCCCACACGUCGCACGCCCCGCAACAAGAGAGACCGGCGUCGUACGAUUACUACACACCGGACGAGCGAACCAUGUUCGGCCAACAAUGUACUCGCCAACUCUCGGCUUCACCACCACCAGUGUUUUCAUACCCACCACUACAAACCUACGACGCCUAUCGACCAACGUACGGGCCACUUCCAGUCUAUCACACUGUGCCCAGCACGUACGGUGAAGUGAUGUCUUAUUCAGGAGAAUACGGCGAGUCGCUACCAUCGAUGGUUCCGAUGAUUCCAGUGCCUCCGCUGGGCGCCCCCAGAAAACCGGCGUACGACGAAGACAUCAUCAGUCCAUUCAGUAUGAGCUACGCAUCGAUGGCAGGCAUCGAUAUCUGUCAACAGCAGUCGCAGCCGGAGCCUGGUCUUCCGAUGCCAUCGCUUUCCUACGGCUAUUCGGAUGACCAGCGCGCCGUUUCGACGUCCCCCGAGGCGUCCAUCUUUACCUUCCCCCUGACGCCUGAAUCUCCUCCGUGCUCGCCACGCUCCGUGCCCGGGCUGUAUGAGUACGAUCUGCGGCCAUGA